UAAGAGGGCAAAUACAUAUAUGAAGGGAUCUUGUAAAUUCACCAUAGUGAAUAAUAUUUACUUUUUCAAUUCUCUUGUACUCAGUACGGUAAAUUUACAAAAUCUUGUUUUUAUAUUUGAAAGAAAAUAAAAAAAUUGCCAUUUUCAAGAAUAUUUCGAACUUGUGUAGUUUGCUCUUUUUUUAAAUAUACUAAGGAUUUUAGAAAUUAAUAACUUUUUAUACUAUUUGAUAGUAAAUAAUUUUUACUAAACAUUACCUGACUCAAUAAAAGGUGUAAAUAGCAUUUUAAUCUCCGAGUGCUAGCAGUAUUUAACUUGAUGGAAUGUUUAUUAUGACAAUUUAAUAUGUUAGUACUACGUUCAUUUCUGGAGUCAGAAUUCAUUUACGUUCUAUUGUUAAUGAUUCAUUGUUCUGAACAAGUUUUAUGGCAAAGACAAUGUUCAAUGGAAGGAAAUUACAAAUUUUGUUCUUUGGAACAAGAAGAGAUUUGCCAUCCUCUCAACAGGUCUAUUGGCAUGAAAAUAGAAAGUUUUGACAGUUCGGCUAUUAUUGUUAGACCUUACACAAUGAAAAUCACCCACAGUGGUAAACAGUGCAAGUUUACAAUUAAAACGAAGCAGAAAGAAAUGGGAUUAUUUGCUGUCAUUCAAGAAUUAAAUUUCCGAAAAUGGGAAGACGGACAAUGCAAAGAUUAUGUAAAGUUUAAGAGUAAAGACAAAGAUUGGUCAGAUAAAUGGUGCGGCUCAAUAAAUCGUGUAAAAAAAGAUUUUGAAGUAUCAAAUCAUUAUUUUUCUGAAUAUGACUCUCAAGGGAAGCUAGACACAUAUAUUUAUAUUUCUGAAGAGCCAAUAGUAAAUGAAGAGCUCAGGUUGUCUAUAGUCUACACUCCAAAUAUCAAAUGUUCGAAAGUGGAUCGAAAGAACUUUCGUCAAGUGACCCAUGAAAUUUGUAUUUGGAAGGAUUACAUUUGUGAUGGGUAUCAAAAUUGUGCCAUAGAAGGUUGUGAUGACGAAAAGGAAUGUGUGCGAAGUAUAGAAAACGAUGGCACAGGUACUAAAGUCACUGUCGGUGCCGUGACAACAAUAUUCCUCUGCUUUAUUCUCUUUGUCACAUGCCUUUGGAUAUGUAAGAAGCACAAAAAAUUGUGUUGGUCUGCAGAUUGCGCUGGACCAACUGCAAACAGACCAACUUCAACUGCCGAUAAUGAAAGAACUCCUGCUGCACCAACAGCUCCCAUGUUGCAAUCUUCAGUCUCUUCUGGAGUUCAAGAUAAAGAUUUACCACCAAGUUACGAUUCACUUUUCCCACAACAGUCCAAUACUGCUAUUUUGUAAUUCAAUUUCCGUAACUUCUAAUUUAUUAUGUUAUACGCGGAGAAAAAAAGAGAACUCCGUGCAUUUAUUUAAAAUUUGGUUUUUGAUAAAUAUUCCAAAUGUGUUGGAAAAUAUUGAUUUUUUUUGUUUUGUAUCGGUUACAUUUUUAUAUUUCCUCAAAUGGCUUUAACUGAGGAAUACAUUGAUUUAUCUGAAUAAGCUUUUAUCGUUGAUUACAAGAAUCAUCUUUUUUUGAUUCGUGUAGAAAGCAUCUUUUUUUGGAAUCCAGUGCAACUUUUUUUUCAGCUGAAUAGAAACAGAAUCACGCAUUUUUGGCUUGUUAUCAAAACCCCUAAAAAAUUAUACACAGACCUAAGUAAUCUAGGUUUCAAUACUUAUUUGCAGGUUGACAGUGAGUGUGAACUUUUCUUGUGACUAGUUUUACAUAACUUGUAUGUGACGUAAAUCUUUUAAUUUUCCUACCGAAGAAACUAUGAAUCGUAGUUUAAAAAGUGGCUAAAUCUACUUUUAAAUUUUCAUCUUUGAUUUCAUUUCAAAGAAUAUUGAACGAUUCUUAUGCCGAUGCAUACUAAGUUUCUUCUUUUUGUCUAGGUCAAAAAAGUGUCCAUUAUUGCCCUCGGGGAAUAAUGAGUACUUUAUCGACCUGUGAGUAAGGUCAAUAAUGUGACCAUUAUUUCCCUAGGGUAAUAAUGAGUACUUUAUUGUGAAAGGCUGGGCUAUAAGGGGGAACUUAAUAUGCGCCUGUUAAGGUAGGAAAAGUGACAAAAUAAAAAAAUACAAAUUAUAUGAAACGAGUUUUAGACAAGAAAAGCUUAUUUUUUAAAGUAAAAGAAUGCGAAAUGUUUCUAAAGUAUUUUACACAAUAUAUUAUCAAAGAGAAUAAGAGAAAUUAGAAGCAUUUUAGCAUUAUUUUGUUUCUACUGUUUUUGUAUAGUCUUAAAAUUAAUCUUUGACAAGAUUAGACAAUACUGCUAAGAAUAAUAUUUAUUAAUAAAAUCAGACAGGUCUUUUUUAAAUGUCUGGAAAGUUGUUUUCUAACGGCCAAAACUUAAUUCCAUUUCUUUCUGUUUUUAAUUUAUUAUUAUUAGACAAACUUUAAAAUAAGAAUUGUAUGGUUGUGGUUGAGAAUUAAGUGAAUGGAUGUGAGUAGUAUUAGAGUAUUUUUGUACAUAUAGUUAUUUUAUUCAAAGCAGCAGCAGCCUUUUCGUAUCAAACAUUGUGAUGUAACUUAUAUUACAUUUUAUAAAGAAAAAAAAAUAAAAAGGGCAGAACAAAGUAGUUUUUAGAGUACUGCGCAAAAAGAAAUGUGCAAUUCAAGAUCUUUAUUCGUGAUAAGAAUAAAAAAAUUCGACUCAAUGAAUUGGAUGGAAUAACCAAAAAAUUAUUUGGACUUUUGUAAUUUUCUACGUACCAAAAAAACAUAUUUUUACACGAGUAUUUUAUAUAAAAACUAAUUCUUAAGGUUGGAAUUUGAGAAAUAUUUUCCAUAAUACAAACGUACAAUAAUUUUAAACACAUUAUUACUAUUGUCCAUCAAUGUAAAUUGUUUUAUACAAAAAAAAAUAAAUAAACAUCAGUGUUGUUUCACAAUAUUAAAA